CUCAAUUGUACAUUAGCACCAGUGCUGCUGCCAUACAAACACACCACGCAACUAAAUAAAGAACCGCCAGUUUGUUUGUUUUUCCUUGAUGUUGGUCACAGGCUGAAGAGAGAGGGGGGAACACACAGAAAUUCUCUCAGGUGAUCCUCUCUUCAUGAAAUAAUCUUGGCUUUACCCGCGUUGCGAGUUUCACCACUUCCCCACCCCCCCAGUGGGACUCCAGGUGCUUAACCUCCCUCCUGCCAGUUCUGCAUGGUCAUGACCUGUCAUCACGCCCCUUCCACAGCCCACCUCGUCCUAUUGGUCCUGCUCAUUGUCACUCCACAGCUGGCUGGCACCGCCCCUGCGUGGGGUGAGGGAGGGGAGGGAGGGGUGCAGGGGCGCACCCGGACAGACCAUAGAGAGGACAACCACGGCCCCUUCCUCUCGCCCCUGCCCCAUAGUCUCUCCAGCUCUGACAACGUGUCACUAGACCGGGGCCGGGGCCCAGGUCAAGAUAACCAAUCAGAUAAAGUGACUGACCCUGCGCAGGUGCUCGCCGUUCUUUUGGAGGCCCUGGACCACCCUGACGAGGGUGAAAUCCAGGCGAGCAGAAACAGAGACUGGCAAAAGGAUCAGAGUCAGGAGCUGCCCUCCACUGGAGGCUUGGAGGGUGGUGAGAUAAGGAGAGCAGGGGAGACAGAGGGAGAGAGGGUGGUGGUGGAGGAGGGGCGAGGGGCUGAUAAGGCUAUUGAACAGCUAAUUGUAGGCCAUUUGACAGCUGCUCAGGGUGAUGACUUAAAAGAAAGGGAUGAGGAGGAUAAAAACACAAGGUCAGAGAAGGAUCAGGGGUGGUCUGUGGAGGAUGUGGGACCUGAUAGUGUUAGUGAGGAGGAUGGGAAAGAAGAAGAAGAUGAUGGGCAGGGGGAGGGAAAUGAUUUAGAAAGUUUUUUGACCAAGGCCAGAUCAAGUUCCACCUCACAGGGAGAUGAUCCCUUGCUGCAGCGCAAAAUAAGAGGCUACUUCCAAAACAUUGACUUGGGUCUCCAAGAUAAUGAGAUCCUGCCUCCUCUGAAGGGCUACAAGGCGUACAACACUCAGCUCGCACGAGCUGGAAAGAAGCUGCAUUGGCAGGAAAAUCGGUCGGGCAACCGACAAGUCAAGGGGGGCAACUUCAUGGAUGACUUUGAGGAUGAAGGAGAGGAGCUGGAGGAGGAGGUUGAAGAAGAAGAGGAGAGCCUCUCACACAUGGAAGAGGAGGCGAGAGCACGUGCAGAGAAACAGGAGGUGCUCCGGCAGCAGGAGGAGGCGGAGCGAGCCAGAGAGGAGGAGCAGAGGUUGGCAGAUAUAGCCUCUGACAUGUUGCUGCAGUACAUGGGGAGGAAACAGCAGUCCUACAUGAAGCCCCGGCAGAAAAGCAGCGUGGGAGCUGCCGGCAACACUGCUGAGGACAAGCGCUCAGAGGAGGUCAUCCCCGAUGAAGACGACCUGGACCAGCAAAUGAUCGACAGGCUGAUUGAGAUCAGCAGCAAGCUGCACUUGCCCGCUGAUGAUGUAAUUGAGAUUAUCAGUGAUGUGGAGGAGAAGAAGAAGAAAAGGAAAGAGUUGCAGCUGCAGCCAACCAACAGCAACCCUGUCGCCCCACGUUUCAGGCCUCUCGUACCUCCUCCUCUGGCUGCUCCACCGAUCUACCACUACACAGCCUCAAAAAACCCCAAGAAAGACCCUUACAAGUACAACAAGUCUAACAAGAAAUGGCACAAGGACAAAGUCAAGUCAUACAAACAGGACUAUUGGUAUAAGCCUCAGAAGCAGCUUGACUACUGGUAUAAGCCACAGAAACAAUUUUUAGCCUUCCCCUCCUAUCCAUACUACCAGAAGCCAUAUCGAGCAUACUAUCCUGUUUAUUUCCCAUAUCCCAAACCAGAAUAUUAUGGCAAGCCCGUCCCAUCCAGAGACCAGCCGUUCGGCCCCCAGGAGCUUGACUUCCAGGCCCCGAGGCGCAGGAACAGGGGUGGGGGUAAGAACCGUGGACAGGGCUGGAGGCAGCAGCCAGCGCCACGCCUGCCUCUCACUCCUUAUAUCUCUAACUAUAUCCUUCCUCACCCACGGACCUACCAACCCUUACCUCCGCCCAAACCAAUAACGCCACCGAGGAGAGGCAGGCGACCCCCCUACUACUAUCCCCAAGUCACACCAGGAGACGACUAUGAGGAAGAUGGGCUGGUGCCUCAGCUGGACAGUGAGGAGGAACUGGAAAACUUUAUUGAGAGGAUCUACAUGAAACGCAGAAUGUAUUGAAAGACUUUUUGGACAUUUGUCAGAUCAGAGGGACUCACAGAGGUGGGAUAGAUAUUCAUUAGCGAGUGAAAAGCUAAAAGAAAGGUUGAAAAAAUAAAGACUCAAAGGAGGUGUGUGUUUUGAGCCUGAUGGAAAUUUAAGGGUCAAGAAGUGAAAAAGUUAGAUUUGUGUUGUUUUAAUCACUGUAUUUUUGUUGAUUUUCUUGGUCAGGGAGAGGAUGAAGGGGUCCCAGGUUAAGCUCCCUGUAAUCAUGUUCAGCCUCUUGCUCAGUUUACAUUUUGAAACAGAACAUACCAUGGUGUAUGUCUGCCUCCAUUCAGGUCAAUCUCUGAUGCUCUUGCAGAGUUUUUUAGAGUAUACACACACACACACACACACACACACACACACACACACACACACACGCAGGCACACACAAGGCACAUACAUCAACACACCAACAUAUUAUCGGAUUUUUGACACAUUCACAAGCAGAUGUGCCCAUUAUAAGAGAACCAUGUUUACAACAUCACUUUGUAUUUUUUGUUUUGUAUCCUGUAUGUCAUAUUACAACACUUAAGUAGUUCAAUGACUUCUUAGCUACAAGAUUAUAAAAAACUGAACACUGCUAAUGUCAAAUGUUGACAGUAUAUUUUUGUUGUAUUUGAUGUGUGUAAUUGCCUUUCUUAUUCUCGAUUGGAUCAACUUUAAACAGCUGCAAUUCUCAAAGGUGCCACAUACACACAUUUCAGCUUCAAACUCGAGAUUCAGAUUUUUGCCUUACAAGCACCAUGGUUCUAUAAAGGGAAAUCUCAUAUUGCAUAUUACCAUCACAACCGGUCCCAAUGUAGAAACCCUGUGGACUCCAAAAGCACAAACUUAAACACUAAACACUUCCAACAUGGUGGACGAAGGGUUUUCAAUCAUUUUGGGAUCCAGAAGUUAUUGUGUGAACAUAUUUAUAUUUAUGGCAGAUCCACCACGAUCACCAUCACCAUAUAGUACUCCUUAACCAUGAAGGAGUCCUUCAUAUUUUUUUCUCAUAUUCUCUCAUCGUUCAUCUCUAAUUCACAACUUUUUUCCUCCAAACAUCGUUCUUUCGAUAUUUUUCUUGUAUUGUAUCCAUUAUCUCUAAUUUUCCUUUCUUUACAAAAAUACUUGAAAUCAUGCUAUCUGUUCUGCAGCCUUUUAAAACAGAUUUCCACCAAGAGGCUACAAACAUUUUGUUCAUUUUCAGGAGAAAUUCAUUGAAGAGUUUCAGGCCGGGGAGUCAGGGAUUGUGCUUAAACCGUUAAAUGCACGUCUUUCUACUUGCAUCUUAAAAAAUGAACAAAAAAAAAGAACAAAAAAAGAGAAAAAAUAAAACAGUAUGGAGAAUUCGAGACAAUUGUUUUCUCUGAAUAAACUGUGAACAUAAAAAAAAAAAUCUCAAAGGAAGAGGGCCACUGUGUUCACAGUGAAGCCAUCUGUCUUGUAAAAGGAGAGUGUUGUUGUUGAUGUCACCUUUAGCAUUGUAAGAUGUACAGUGUGAAAUAAAUAUGCCCGUGCAAUGUGUAAAUAACAGCAUGAUGAUUACUAGUUUUGCUAUAUGAUAAAAAAUAAAAGCAAUUAUUUUAUUAAAGUUCAGU